AUGGUUUUACAUCUAUCUAUCUAUCUAUCUAUCUAUCUAUCUAUCUAUCUAUCUAUCUAUCUUAUCAUGACCGUCUCUCUGUGUAUAAGCCUGUUCAUUCUCUCUCUCUCUCUCUCUCUCUCUCUUUCUCUCUGUAUAUAUGUAUCUCAACCUGUUCACCUCUGCCAAUCUGUCUAUCAAUUCUUUAUCUAUCUAUCUAUCUAUCUAUCUAUCUAUCUAUCUAUCUGUUUGUUCAUGAUCUAUCUAUCUAUCUAUCUAUCUAUCUAUCUAUCUAUCUAUCUAUCUAUCUAUCUAUCUUAUCAUGAUCGUCUCUCUGUGUAUAAGCCUGUUCAUUCUCUAUCUCUCUUUCUCUAUGUAUAUGUAUGUCAACCUGUUUACCUCUGUCUAUCUUUCUGUCAAUUCUUUAUCUAUCUAUCUAUCUAUCUAUCUAUCUAUCUAUCUAUCUAUCAGUUUACGCCUAAUAUCUAUCUAUCUAUCUAUCUAUCUAUCUAUCUAUCUAUGACUUCUUAUACCAGUAAUCUAUCUAUCUAUCUAUCUAUCUAUCUAUCUAUCUAUCUAGUGAUGAAUGAUAAGUCAGGUGAUAAUAAUAAUAUACACAAAAUUUUCUCCUUUUUUUGUCCGUUUCUUUCUUUCUUUCUUUCUUUCUUUCUUUCUUUCUUUCUUUCUUUCUUUCUUUCUUCAUUAGCCUUCUAUCCAUACAUUUAA